UCAAGCCUUAGCCUGUUUAGCCUCGCGAUUGCGCAUGCUGCGAGUUGUAUAGGUGUUCUGUGGUGAGAGGCUGUGUAUCGAAGUGUGGUAUUUUCACUGAGUUUCGCGUUUUAUAAGUUCGUAACGUAUAUUCCCUGCUGUCGCAACCAGACAGUGGGCUAAACGCAGGUGUAUAAGUGGUAGUAGGUGCACUGUGCAGCGUGCCAACAACAGUCAAGAUGGGGAAACUCAACCUUACUUUGCUUAGGUACAUGUCGUCUGACGACUUCAGAGUCUUGACUGCGGUUGAAAUGGGAAUGAAAAACCAUGAACUUGUGCCUGGGGCACUUGUCGCCACCAUUGCCAACCUAAAACAUGGGGGAUGUCACAAACACCUCCGAGAGCUGUGCAAACAAAAGCUUCUUUCCUACGAACGUGGCAAGAGAUACGAUGGUUACCGGUUGACAAAUACGGGGUACGAUUACCUCGCCCUCAAGACUCUCUGUUCACAAGGUUUGGUGAAUUCAGUUGGCAACCAAAUUGGUGUAGGGAAAGAAUCUGAUAUAUAUGUGGCAGCCAAUGAAGAAGGAAGGGACCUGGUCCUCAAAAUAAGCCGGUUGGGUCGAGUAUGCUUCCGCAAACUGAAGGAAAAGAGAGAUUACCACAAACAUCGUAACAAGGCCUCUUGGCUUUACCUCUCAAGAUUGGCCGCUGUGAAGGAGUUUGCAUUCAUGAAGGCUCUUCAUGACAGAGGGUUUCCUGUACCUGAGCCGGUGGGCUUCAACCGUCACUGCAUUCUUAUGGAGCUCAUCAAUGGGCACCCACUGUGCCAUGUUCAUGACUUGGAAGAUCCUGCGCAGCUGUAUGAUCAGCUCAUGGACUUGCUUGUUAAGCUGGGCAACUGUGGCCUCAUACAUGGAGACUUUAAUGAAUUCAACUUGAUGCUUAAUGCUGAAGACAAGCCCACGCUGAUUGAUUUUCCACAGAUGAUGUCCACAUCCCAUCACAAUGCAGAGUGGUACUUUGAUAGGGAUGUCAACUGCGUGAGGGAGUUCUUCAAGAAGCGUUUUGGCUAUGAAAGUGAACUUUUUCCCAAGUUCAGCGAUAUAGAGAGAGAUGACACCCUUGACCUUGAGACAGCUGCCAGCGGCUUUUCCAAAGAGGUCAAGGAAGAACUUGAGGAGAUCCGGUGCACGUGCCAGGUGAAGAGGAACGUCAACACAUAUGGCAUCCACUUGGGCUUGGGCGAGGCGUGCGAGGCGCAGUACAACGAGGACGUUGAACGCCUGGCGGGAUUGCUCGCCGAGGCCAAAUCCUUGCAGGAGCUGGCGACCGACCUGCCGGUCAACGUGAGGCGUCUCGUCGCGUCCGGUCCAUACGAGGCCCUGAAGCGCGUCCGUCUGGUUCGCGUGGCGUCGUCACUGGCGAACACCGCGGGCCGCCCCGCGUACGACCGGUACUUCCUGUCGAGGAGGGAGCUACUGUCGCUGCUCCAGCAGAUGCCCGCGCUGCGAGAGCUGCACUGCGACGCGUCGCAAGCCAUCGGCUCGCUGGAGGAAGGCGAGCUGGCGCUGUUCGCGCGGCUGGAAGUGGUCCACCUGCUGCACGAAGCACCCGAGGCGAACGCCUCGAGCGAGGAGCCCUUCGCGCCUUGCGCGCAGUUUCUCGUCGCGCACUGCCCCAACGUACGAGAGGCGCUGGCGGACGCCUGCCCCGCGCUGGAAUCCCUGGUGGCGCGGUGCUUCCUCCGGCGGAACAACCAGCCGGUCACCGACGGUCGCCGCGUGCGCCAGCCGCCUCCCGCAGCGUCCGGCGCCGCCGGGACCCUGUCUUCGCUCGCGGAUAUCGAGCUGAUCACCCUGAGGGACGCCGCGGCGCUGAUGCCGCUGUGCCCCGAGCUGCGCACCAUCGCGCUCACGCUGCCCCACAUGGAUCCCGCGGACGCGCACGAACUGGCCGACCUGUGCGAUCGCUGCCCGAAGCUCGAGCGCAUCACGCUCAACCUGAUGGGCUCGUACCCGCACCUCACGGUCGUCCACUUCUUGCAACGCGUGGCGCGGGUGCCUCAAGUGCAAGUUUUUGUCAUGAAAACGCCGGACGUGUAUGCCGACCUCAACAUGGCAGGUCCUGCCAACUAGGAUCCAUGAAGAUAAUGCACUGCAAUGACAGCUAAACUUUGACGGACCAUCAUAUAUCAUCAAGAAUAUUUGUAGGAACCAUGUACGUUAACUAUAUAAGCAAUAUAAACUCCAAAUAUGACAAAAAAUGAAACUA